AUGACUUUCUGUUUGAUCCCCCUGUCGCAAAUCCACCGUAAUGGACGAUGGACUUGUCUGGUGCUUACAACAUCAGCCCUGCGGACUUGGCGGGUUCUUGAGGGUGCGCUUCAAAAGUCUCCGGAAAUAAACUACCACUCCGACAUGGACAUGGAGCCAGCAGGGGCUGUUUUGGGUAUCGGUUGA